GGACACAUUUUACAACCAUUACUGACUGAAUAUUAUCUAUUGCUUGUGCACCGCUUCCAGUAUGUUCUGCAGUGAUUGAUAUUAUGAUCUUCAUCCUACAAUUUGAUCUGAUUUCCACAAAUUGACUGCAUGCGCUCUCACUGACUGCCCACUGUGGCUUCUCCUUUCGUCUAAUUUAUUAUCACAAAAAGAUAUAACGAUUUCAUUGUAUCCUGCAAACGUUUCCGACAAGGACUCAGCGACAGUAAAAGCAAAAUCUGCUCGCUGGGUUGAAAAGCACACAGUGAUCUGAAAUGAACUCUGCGGUAUCCACGUUUGGAGGCGGGGCUUAGGACGCCAGUCACCGGAACCGCUCGUGCUUGAGUCCGUGGUCGCUCGUUUGAUGGUCGGAUAUGGGAAAACGAAAUGAGAAAGCAGGGUUCCUGUUGAGGAAGUGAGAUGAUAACAUAACGACGCCUCGUCUAGAUAACUUCCCCGUGUGCUCUCUGUGUCUCUCUCUCACUGGACUGCAAUGCCGCCACAGCGAGUGUUCAGCCUGCCGAGGCAACAAUCCCUGCUGCUGCCUGCGGUCAUCAACCCGUUUGUUCAAGACACCAAACUCACCAAAGCAGCUAUAAUCAAAGUGAGUAUGCUGUUUGGCUCCAGUGGUCAUGUUAAGGCGAGCUUUAAAGGGGUGACGUUGUUGUUAGACAUAUCUGUGAGCGGCACGGCUCAAACACACUCAGUGUUAGAGCUGGUGUGAGAUUACACAUACACACACAGACGCACACACACAAACACACAGGCUGCUGCUGUGCAACCACGGCCUAUAUAAUCUCUUGCACCGAGGCUUUGUCAAUCGGCUUGCACAGACUCGUUAUGUGCAACCCAAACAAUGAGAACCGUUGUGUAGUUUCCAGAAAAAGCCUCCCAGUGAUGUGGAUUUUCAGAGUCGUGCGUAUUUCUGCUCUGAGGAGCGUCAGCAGCAGCAGCAGCAGCAGCAGCAAAGGGUGCUGUUCACCCUGACAGGCAGACUACUUCACUGUAUGGUAAAGGCCUGGUUUCUCAUAAUGGUGUGUGUGUUGAUGAGUGUGCACCCUUCCUCAUGCAGUGUGUCCUCCUGGGAAUCUUCCUGGUCCCAGUUCGAGCCAUCCUCCUGUCCCUAGUUCUCAUGGUGACAUGGCCAGUGUCUGUUAUCAUAACCUUCAAGUAUCCUCUGAAAGGAGCAGUGGAGCCAAUGAGAGGGUGGAGACGGUAAUUACAUACACACCAUCACACUGCAACUCAGUCUUCACCAGAUACGACCAGAUUUCAUUUAAAAAAAAAAAAAAGUCUGCAGUGACAUCUUUCACUGACUUUCACUUGAUGGGCUACACUAAAACUGAACAGAAAUAAUAAGAGUUUCACCCUAUUAAAGCAAUUUUGUGAAAGCCAGAUGCAGCAGGGGCAGUGUGUUUCCUGGUUCUUCAGACUGGGCGGUGGCACAAAGCAAAGGCAGCAUAUUCUCAAAAUAACAAUUCCUGACAUAACUUGAAGAAUGUGCAGAGGUUUGCACCGCAACCAAAUUACCCCUCCUCAGAUCAUAUCAGUACUGCAAGCAUUACUCAAGCACAAUUCUUAGAAAAGGAAGAGUCAUUGUUUAAAAUAAAAAAAACAGCUUCAAUAAAAGGAACUAUAAUGUGAUUUAUCACUUAUAAAUAGCCAAAACAAUUGUCAUCCUCUUGUGACAAUUGUCAGAAAGUAUGAUCUUGUCAUCUUGAUCUUGCACAGUUUGUUAUGCAAGUUGACAUCAUAUUAUGCAAUACACUGUGAUUCAUGUAUUACAAUUUUAAACACAAUGAAUCUUCAAUGAAUAGCAGCUGCAUGCACAGUUUCACAGAUAACAGUAGAACUCCUAUCACCUUGCAACAUAUCCCUUAUAUUACCAUGCCCAUACACGGUGUAUGAGAUGGAAAAAAAAAGAGAGCUUAUCUUUCAAAUGUGUGUCAAGUUCACCUGUUCACUGGUUUGCUGGGAACUAGCCCAUUUUCAGGACUGUUGGAGUAAGAAUACUUUGGACCAACUUACAAAAAAGUAGAAAUGUACUGCUGGUAAAUAAGUAUUUGUUCAUUUUCAUAGUACUAGAGGCUUGCACAGUAGAUCCUCAAACUUUGAUAGACCUUGAACUUUUACACAGCUCCUCAGUUCCUCCUGAGGGUGUCACAUUUGUUGCAAGUCCUGCUCAGUUUUAGAGUGAGAAGCCACACUUAGCUCAGAAAUAAAACUAAGAGACCGGUAGGUUCUGAACUGGUGUCAGAGGGGUCAGAAAAAAACAGAAAUGAAACACCUCUGUAUUUAGUCGACACUGUGACUUUCUACAAAUCUUGAGGAUGAGGAAGUAAUCGGGAAAGGAGAACUUGUUUGCAACUCUAUGGGGGCAGGAAGGUGUGAGAACAAAUGCUGUAACUCUUCCUGUUUUAAAACACUUCCAUUUAGUCCUCCCAAGUAUUACUUUUGGUGAAAAUUAAACGCUAACCAAACAUGCAAAUGUCAUUAAUACAUUCAAAACAGUUCUUGAAGACUUGAUGUAAAUGUCAUUUAGACCUCUCACACAGUACUCUGUAAAAUUCUGGCUACCCUCAGGUUCAUGUGUCGGAGAGUGAUGGCUGCCUUGGGGAGGGCCUACUACUUCUGCAUGGGCUUCAGAGUAGUGGUCAAAGGUAAACAGGUCAGCAGUAGUGAGGCCCCCAUCCUGGCUGUGGCCCCUCACUCGACCUUUUUUGAUGGGAUUGUGUGCAUUGUUGCUGGACUGCCCUCCACUGUCUCUCGGGUCGAGAACUUGGCUACACCCAUCUUUGGCAGUAAGACUCUUUCCCUUUGCUCUGUUGUGUGAGUGUAGUGAUAAAGAUCAGUGUAUAUGGAUGUGUGUCUUCCUGCUUUCUCAACCACAAGUGUACAUGUGUGAAUUUGGACACCAAAGUGUGAACUGUGUUUUUCCGUUUAAUUUAUUUCUCACACCACUAAGCAUUUGAAGAUUGUCACGUUAUAUUCAGCUUAUAAUACUUAAUCAACCCAAGCUACAGAACAAUCUGUGCAUGGAAGAAAUCUUUGUAAAUUGUCAAGAAGUGUUUUUCUUUUAGGUUUGUGCAGUAAAGAGUGUUUUCCCUCCUUCUUUCUCUGUAGGAUUUGUGCGCUGUCUUCAGCCAGUGCUUGUGUCCAGAAAGGACCCAGACUCCAGGAAGAACACAAUCCAAGAGAUUGACAGCAGAGCCAAGUCAGGAGGCAGAUGGCCACAGGUCUGUCCCAACAAUGGCAAAAAAUCCCCAUCAAAGACUAACUAAUACUCUGCUGGUAACACCCUGGAUUAUUGCUACACAGAAAACUCUAUGCUUGUCAGCCUAGAAAACUCCAAACCUUCAUCUCUGGGUGUUAGUUUGGUCUCAAGAUUUCCUAUAUGAGCAGAACAUAUAAAACAAAAAUAUUAAUCACGUGCUUACGUUCCUGUUUGAGAAAAUGAGACAAAAUGCUCACAUUAUUAUGCCUUGGUAAUCCAAAAUUGACAGAGUUGAUCAUUUUUGACAUUUACUAAUGAGAUUUUGCUUCUCAGGUCCUGAUAUUUCCAGAAGGAACAUGCACAAAUCGUUCAUGUUUAAUCACGUUUAAACAAGGUGAGAAAUGCAGCAGAACAUUAGUGCUAUUUUAAUUGCCUCUGUUAUGCACCAAAGUGAUUAAAACUCAGAAAAAUAGAGACUCAGAGAAUAAUGUGGGGAUGUUCAUAAUUCAUUUUUAGAUAGAAUAGAGAUGUUUUGUUUGUCUUCCAUUUGUUUUUUAUGAUGAAGAGCCGUCUACAUGAUUCAUGAAGUAUUGCUGUUCACAUCCUCCAGGUGCCUUUAUCCCUGGGGUCCCUGUGCAGCCUGUGCUUAUGAGGUAUCCCAACAAACUGGUGAGUGAAGCUUUUUUUAUUUUAACUUUGCUUUCUGAGAGAGAUUGUUCUCAACAGAGGAAAUACUGCACUCUAAUAAGAGACAAAAAUUGAUAAGCAGGCAGAACAAGAGAUCAGAUACAUCCUCAUGUGGUUCUUCAUUAAAGAUCCACUCCGAUAAAAAUCAUGUUUUUCUUGUUGUCUGCAUGUUCAUAUGGCUUUUUUCUGAUGCUACAGGAUGUAUCAUGAGAAUUUCUGAGUAUUUCUUCAUUCAAAUCGCUGUGAAUCUCUGGCAGACCCAAAUGGCAGGUUCAGAAACGGAGAGAUUUCCUACGUAGCAAAUCCAAGCUCUGCCCCUAAAGCCCCGCUAUGCAGGCCACACUCGCAGAAAUAGAGAGGACAAUCGCGGAACAAGCGUGUGCAUGAGCGUAUGGCGUUGCUUGUAAGAAAACUAAUUAUGAUUUUAACUUUCGUCAUGUCCCCAUAGACAUUAGUGUCAGAGAGCUGAAUAGUUCCUGUGUAACCCUCUACUUCUAUUACACCAGCAAUGUUAGGCUGCAAGCUAGCAUGAAGUCAAGUGUGCAGAGCAGCACCGUCUUCGCCCACGACUCAGAGGAGAAAUGCUAAUGAGCUACUGGAGCUCUGCAGAAGAAAAGCCAUUGAAAACUUUGGUCAUUUACUCAUUUUGGCUGAAAACUCCAUUAUCACAAUUUAAAGACCACAGAGAACACUUUUAAGUAGUAAAAAAAAAAAAGGCAAUCGGAGUUGGACUUUAAAUCCAAUCCAAUCUAGAUGUUUCAUGGAUUCAACAUGAACUGCACAUUUUUUAGCCUGGGCGCAACACUGGAAGAUGAACCUCAUAGCACAGUGACAUGUAUAUACGUCUAUACAUACAACACCUUCUUACUGUAAAUGUUUCAUGAAGGUCUUUGCAAUCUCUUGGUUUUUUCAGGACACAGUGUCUUGGACUUGGCAGGGCUUCAGUUCGUAAGUAUGCUUUAAACAGUAUGCUCCUCUGGUUUCUCAUGUCUGCUGCUUCUUUGCACCGACUAUAAAGUAAAUCCAAAUAUACUACAGCAUCAUGAGUGCCAUCUCUAAAACUUUUGCAACUAAAUCAACCUAUUGAGCUAAUUGUUCUGCUUGUGUGUUUCUUAGGAGGACACUGCUGCUUUUGACUCUUAGCCAGCUGUACACCACAGUAGAGAUCGAGGUAAAGUCACUCGGUGAACAUCCUACAUGUUGGUAGAGUACUUCAAACUGUUAUUGUGUUUUUUUUAGUCAAUUUGAAAAUAAAGGCAUAGACACAUGAUAUCAUGUAGAUCAUUAUUUAUCAUUAUCAAUGCUAUCCUCUUUUCAAAGCACAGACAGUUAAAUAUGAAGCUUUUAAAGCCUCUCAUCUGUUUGCUUGUUUGGUUUCUUCAGUUCUUGCCACCACAUAUCCCCACAGAGGAGGAGAGGAAAACCCCUGCACUCUUUGCUAGCAGAGUGCGUGACACUAUGGCUCGGUUAGUGUGUUAAAACAUGGGGGUGCAUUUUUGCAGCAUACUGUACAACUGAAGUGUUAGAGAAAUGCAUAAGUAUAUAUAUAUUUUAAAUAAAUACAGAAGUUUAUGGAGAGUGUCGAUUUUAGUUUAAUGGCAGAAGAUUAAAUGUAGCCAAGAGUUUUGAAUUUCUUUCUGGCUCUUUUGGAACUUUGUUGUACAUUAAGUCUGGAUAUUGCACUCAUCUGAACUGCCCUACAUUUGCAUUUCCUCCUGGACAUGUUUUUUUAGCCCUCUAAAAGCAUCGUAAGCAAAUUCACAGAGUACUAUUCAUGCAAACUGUCUACUUCCAGAGCUUUGGGUGUUCCAGUGACAGAUCACACGUAUGAGGACUGCCGCCUGAUGAUUUCAGCUGGCGAGCUAACACUGCCCAUGGAGGCAGGGCUGGUGGAGUUCACCAAAAUAAGCCGUAAACUCAAGUAGGCACACUUCACUUAUGUCUGUUAUUGGUAUCUGCUGCGGAGAUUAAUAACAACACUAAAUCUGACUCUUUGUGCUCUGCUCCCUCAGUCUGAAGUGGGAUAAUGUGAGGAAAGAGCUGGAGAGCUUCGCAGCCAUGGCCAGCUCUUGCAAAGGGGGGAGGAUUUCCAUCGAGGAGUUUGCCAGAUUCUUGAAGCUCCCCAUCAGCCCAGCUUUGGAGGAGCUCUUUGCACUAUUUGACAGAGUGAGGAACGAUUUUUUCAAAUAUUUACGAUUUGUGUAAACAGAACAACUUUGACAGAUGAAUAUAACUGACAACAGACGUUCUCCUUGUGCCUGACUCAUCCAGUAGGAAGUGCACCAUAAAUACAUUAGUUAGUAACAUAAUGAGAAGCAAUCUUUUUAUACAAUUUACAGAAUUAAAUUGAUAGUUAGGGAAAUUGUUUAUUUGGAGAUCGUAUGUACCACUGAAAGUAAAUUUGGCAGGGGUGCAUGGUGCAGAUUCAGGAUUUAUUCAGCCUGAAGGAAGAGAAGCUAUGAUCAAGUUAGUUUGGCCUCCCUCCCUGGUAUGUGAGCUCGAGGUUUGUGUGGGAGGAGAGGACUAAAAGCAUAAAACAGCCUGAAACAUCCAAAUCCGAAAGUAUUCUCCCCUCAUCAGAAACUGUAUGCUUCAAUUCACCAGCAGUUAAGAAUUGUCGUUUGUUUAAAUCUGCUUUUAUGCUCUUCAUAUCAAGUUUUCAUACUCCAUCUAGAGCAAAUGACUACACUUUAAAGAGAGGAGUUAUCUGUCACAAUCUUCUGCACUCAAGUAUUUUUAUUGCUCUCACUUUGACUCUGUCCAGAACGGAGACGGCACCAUAGACUUCAGAGAGUAUGUCAUUGGUGUGACCAUCUUGUGUCGACCGGCAAACACAGAAGAUGUUCUUCUAAUGGCCUUCAAGGUAUGACGUAAAUAUUCAGAUAUUUCUCUGCCGCUCAGAAAGUCAGAGAAAAUACAGCUCUGUAUUCUGACUACCAAAAAUGUGAUCCUAACAUCCACCCAAAUAUAAUUCAAAAUAGAACAUUUAACGCUUUUUUUUAAAACGUGAUCCCAAUACAUUUCUGUGUGAGAACAUUAAAUCAGAAGCACUUUGCAAGAAUAAAAAAAACACUGCACAUGUCUAAACAGUCCUUCCUCUAGUUGAUUGUAAAGCACUGCAUACAGACAGAAGCUUCGCUGUAGGAGGAACAGAGGCAGCCUUCAGAGGGGCUUGGAUAAUGUCAAGUUAACAAUGUGUGCCUGUUGUGGAAACAUGGAGUCAUUUUGGCGGCCAUAAGGACAAAUUUGAUCUGAGGCAAACAGUUCUUUUGUGUGUAAUGUUACUAAAAAGUUAAUUUUGUCUCCUUUGGCACAAACAAAUUUCCCUCAAUAUAAAUGAUCGUUUUUUGAUCCACCUACAUAGUUUCACACUCUAAACAACUCUUUUUUUUCUCCAGUAAAAUAAACAGUGGUAACUAUGUAGGUCUGUUUUUGUGCUCUUUCAUGCAGCUGUUUGAUACAGAUGAGGACGAGAAAAUCACCCGAGAGGAGUUCACUGCUCUGCUGCGCUCAGCUCUGGGUGUGUCAGAUCUAAACAUGGCUAAGCUCUUCAAAGAAAUUGAUGCUGACGGCUCUGGUUUCAUCACCUUCAGUGAGUACAACUAAUACAAAAGUCAGAGGCCAAGAAAUUGUAUUUUUGGUGUUUUGAUCCUAAAAAAACAGACAUGUUACCCACACUAAACAAUGUUUUUUUUGGGUGUUUUUGCCAGAUGAAUUUCAAGCCUUUGCCUCAACGCAUCCAGAGUACGCCAAGCUCUUCACUACGUAUCUGGAGCUACAGAGAUACCAAGCGAUCCAGGAGGCCUGCCCAGGUGAUCUCCAAUUGUCCGGUCAGGCUAGUUCAGAGGAAAACCAAGAAGACAGCACCUCUGAUAAAAAAGACGACUGAAGACUGAAGGUGACAGUGAAAUCUCCCAGACUCCUACUAGAGACGGACUACUGAAUUUACUGCACUGAGAGGGGGAAUGCAAAAGUGUCAUCUACCCUCCAAUGACUUUUAGCAAAAUCAAGUCACCUGCCACAGUGGAGCCAUAUAGUAGGUCAUGUGCUUGCCUUUUUAUAGAUGGUUUUUAGAGUGCUACCAUUCAAUUUUAGUGCCUUAUAGAGAUUUAAAGAAUAUCUUCCCAAGCUAUACUGCACAAGACAUGUUCUUUUUUUUUAUCCUUAAAUUCUCUUGAUCGUGUGUGUGUGUGUUUGCGUCCACAAAAAUAAAAACAAAUAGCUGAUGAUCACAUGAUGAAAAAUAUCAGAACUCCCACAGGCAUCCAUCAGUGUUUUAAUUGUAAAAAUCCUGCAAUAUUUACAUUUCUAUUGUCAGUGACAGUGUUUUAUGAUGCUCAAUAUUUUAUCCAUAUUGUUGUAAACUGCCUCACCAUGUUUCUGCCUUGGAUACAUCUUUCUCGGUGCCCUGAGCCUACCCUUGCUUGGACAGAAAUGAACAUAGCUUUGUGUAUUUCUCUCUCUCUCUUUUGUGUUUGUGGUCUUCUGUAAGUGAGUGAAAAAAAAGAAAAACAGCCAAACCAACACCUUUUUAAAUAUAAACAAACAGUCCUCGUGCUUCUGUGUUGCAGUUAAUUAGUGUACAGUAAGCUUUAUGAAGAUCUUUCCUAUCUGGCAACCCACAGAUGUUCUGUAUUAAAACUAUGUCUACGAAGAGCAUACAUGCUGCGCAUUACACUUUUUUCCAGCGCUCAGGGACACAGACCUUGUAAGACGGCUGUAUAAUUAGCCAGAGGUUUGCUUUGCAUGUGUAUCUAUUUGCAUUUCUACUGAAGACCGUUGUUGCUGAGACAGCAACACGUCUGCACAGUUUUAAGUUUACUAAAACAAAUGAACCACUGAAAAUAGGGCAAUUUGUGAGCAAAAAGCCAACAGUGCUGCUUCACAACAGUAUAUUCCAGCGGGGUAUGCUUUCAGAUUAACAAGCAGCACUCUUAUUAUUUAGCCAUGUGCAUUGCAAUUAUGUGAUUUUUUUCCCCCUUUUUUUGUUAACACUGCAGAAUUUGCUUUGUAAAAUAAAUCAAGAACACGAUUUGAA